UCGACUGUUGCGGUAGCAAACGAAGCCCCAGAAGGACCUUGCUUUCAGUUUCCUGGCGACUCCUACAUUCACUUCACACCCAACAACUUCAUCAAUGAUGGAAGGUGAAUGUUUACCGGGUGUGGGCAGUCUUAGACCAAACCCAGAGGCGCUUUCAAAACCAAACUGGUAUUGUGGUUGAGAUUGGUGAUCGAGAACUUCGCCACGUGGAUCACCUGGAUCGGGAAGACAUUCGAAUUAUGCCCACCAUCUAUGUAGGAGGCUUCAGGGAACCACUGAGCGACACUGUGGGCUUCUUCGAGGGUCAGAUCAAGGACAUCCGAGAGGCCAGGAACGGCGUAGUGUUAGAGGAGCCGUCACUCAACUACAUGUCGAAAGUGGGACGGACCUGUAUGAUCCCCAAUCCUCAGUAGUCACACAAAAAAAUUCAAAGGGAAUGGUAGACCGUGAGAAUGAUCACAUGCGCAGAACAAGAGACAAGGGAUACCUUGUAAAAAAAAAAGAAGUUCACGCAAUUUCACAGAUUUUUUUAAAACCCGGCGAAAAGGGGGGGGGGGGCGCAAGAGGACAGGGUUGGGGGAUAGAAUGGAGAGAAAAAUCAAGAUUUAAGAGACAAAUGAAGAUUUGGAUAUAUAGAAAAUAAUGAGAGAAGCUGAUUACAACAGUGUUCAAUUCUGUAAAUACGUCAACAUUUGUCUGGAAUGGGUGAGACACUCCGAUGUAAGAACAGCAUCAAAGAAAGAUGCUGUCACAACCUUUUUAUUUUUCUUAUAAAAAAAUGUUACAGCAAAAGCAAGGACUCAGAACUAAUCAGAGCGUCUCAAAGCCUAAAAAUAGUAUAAUCAAUUUUUUUUUUUCAAAAUCGGUUCAUGAAAGUCGGCACUGGCUUUUGAAUUUUAUGUCCCAAAGAAAAAAACGGACGCUCCAGGACCAUCGUCAUGCAUUUGUGUCGUUGUGUUUUUCUCGCCCGAACCGAUCACCUCACUGCAUACAAUAUCUGCUUUUCUUGCCUGUAUACUGUAUAGUUAAACUGUGUUCUGAAUAAAAUCCUGUGUACAAUUACAACCCUGAAUUCUGA